AUGGCACACAAAAAGUCUUUGGAGGCAUUAGAUCGCUCGAUGCAAGAUUUACGAAAUAACAAAAACCGGUUUGGUGGUGCAAUGAUACUAUUGGCAGGUGAUUUUCGACAAAUAUUGCCAGUUGUUCCACGCUCAACGCCAGCUGAUGAACUGAAUGCCUGUUUGAAGUCGUCCAUUUUAUGGAAAUACAUUAAAACACUUAAAUUAAGUAUAAACAUGAGAGUCGAAUUACAGGAAGACCAGUCUGGAGAAGUGUUUUCCAAACAACUGCUCGAUAUUGGUAAUGGUAUUAUUGCUGUUGAUACAUCAUCUGGAUACAUUACAUUACCUACCAAUUUUUGUAACUUUUGUGAAUCAAAGACCGAACCCAUGGUGAUGAUUUUUCCAAACAUUGCUCAAAAUUACGUAAAUCACAUUUGGUUAAGCGAACGUGUUAUAUUGGCCUCAAAAAAUGUUGAUGUGAAUGAAAUGAAUUUUCAUAUUCAAGAGAAAAUAGCUGGCGAAUUGAAGAAUUACAAAUCAGUUGAUUCCAUUACUAAUGAAGAUGAAGUUGUCAAUUAUCCAACAGAAUUUUUAAAUUCGCUGGAAUUGCCCGGCUUACCACCUCAUAAUCUGCAAUUAAAAAUCGGAUCA